AUGUCUGCAGAACCUCGCGGUGCGGACCCUGCGUCCCCCGCCCAAUCAUUACCCGUCAUGGCUAUGACAACGAUCAAAGUGGAUGGAAUGGCCUGCGGAGCCUGUACAUCUGCAGUUGAGGGCGCAUUCAGGGGAGUAGAGGGGGCGGGCGAUGUGUCCGUCAGUUUGAUCAUGGGUCGCGCCGCUGUUCAACACGAUCCGUCUAUACUUUCGCCCGCGAAGGUUGCGGAGAUGAUUGAAGAUUGUGGAUUCGAUGCCGCAGUUCUGUCUACUGAAGAAUAUGCCAAAUCCAAGGAUAUCGGUGCGUCGGAUGCUCCGGUAGUGCGAUCCUUGACGACCACCCUCGCGAUCGAAGGUAUGACCUGCGGCGCAUGCACUUCUGCGGUGGAAAGUGGACUCAAGGAUGUCGCUGGAGUCAACUUGGUCACCGUAUCGCUACUGUCAGAGCGCGCGGUAGUAGAUCAUGAUGCUCAGACCAUUACACCGGAGCAAAUUGCGGACCUGAUCGAGGAUCGUGGCUUUGGCGCUCGCGUGGUAGAAACAAAAGCCUCAUCUGUUGGCCAAAAGGAUUCGUCCCAGCUUGCCAACCGGACGGAGAAUAAGUCAGGGCAUAUGGUCACGACAAUCGCCAUCGGCGGUAUGACCUGUGGAGCUUGUACAUCCAGUGUCCAAAAUGCUGUCGCCUAUAUGGAUGGCGUGGUCCAGUUCAACAUCAGUCUGCUAGCUGAGCGCGCCGUGAUUGUACAUGAUCCGUCAAUACUCCCAGCACAGAAUCUUGUCACGAUGGUGGUGGAUGCUGGAUUUGAUGCAUCUAUUGUGUCGUCUGAAUCCCAGGAGCCGCUCUCAAGGAAGACCCAGCAGCUCAAUCUUAGUAUCCAUGGUCUAAGGGACGCACCGUCUGCUUCGGCCCUCGAGGAAGAGCUGCUCAGCCGACCAGGGAUUCAGUCUGCGUCUGUCAAACUAGCAACUUCCCACGUACUUGUUGCAUUCGACACAUCUGCCAUCGGCAUCCGAUCUAUAUUCGAAAUCAUCGAGGGUGCCGGUUACAAUGCAUUGAUUGCUGAUACCGAUGACACAAAUGCACAGUUGGAGUCCUUGUCUAAAACGAAGGAAAUCCAGGAAUGGCGGCGCGCUUUCAUAACCUCCGUCUCUUUCGCCGUUCCCGUGUUUCUCAUCAACAUGAUUUUCCCAAUGUAUUUGCGCGCCAUCGACUUUGGCAGAUUCCAGUUAAUUCCAGGUCUUUAUCUGGGUGACUUGAUCUGCUUCGGUCUUACGAUACCUGUACAAUUUGGCAUUGGUCGACGGUUCUACGUCACCAGCUACAAAUCACUCAAACACAGAUCUCCCACAAUGGACGUUCUUGUCAUGUUGGGCACGUCUGCAGCUUUCUUCUAUAGCUGCUUCACGAUGGCCAUGGCUCUCUUUGACGAUCAACACAAACGGCCAAGCACUGUUUUCGAUACCAGCACCAUGCUCAUCACUUUCAUCACACUAGGAAGAUGGUUAGAGAAUCGGGCCAAGGGACAAACAUCCGCUGCCCUGUCCCGUCUCAUGUCUUUGGCCCCCUCCAUGACCACCAUUUACGAAGACCCUAUUGCGGCUGAAAAGCUUGCCGAUGGAUGGACCUCCCAAGGGACACCGAACGAGUCGAAGCCCACAUUAUCAGAAGAUACAUCGGUGAACCAAAAGGUUAUCUCCACCGAAUUGAUCCAAGUCGGUGACAUCGUCAUCCUUCGUCCUGGUGAUAAGGUCUCUGCGGAUGGUAUUGUCAUUCGUGGUGAAAGUUAUGUCGACGAGAGUAUGAUCACAGGAGAAGCCCUGCCCAUCCACAAGAAGAAGGGCAGUCAUGUAGUCGCUGGCACCGUGAACGGAACGGGUUCCAUCGACUUCAAGGUGAUCCGUGCAGGCAAAGAUACCCAGCUCAGCCAGAUCGUCAAGCUCGUGCAGGAUGCACAAACAAGUCGUGCUCCGAUCCAGCGCAUGGCCGAUAUUGUGGCUGGUUAUUUCGUCCCAACAAUCAUCGGUCUUGGUUUGGUUACCUUCUUCGGAUGGAUGGUCCUUAGUCACAUCCUGUCCAACCCGCCCCAGAUCUUCCAGCCAGAGGAUAGCGGUGGCCGAGUGAUGGUUUGCCUGAAACUCUGUAUUUCGGUCAUCGUCUUCGCCUGUCCGUGUGCUCUUGGCCUCAGCACCCCGACUGCCGUCAUGGUGGGAACUGGUGUUGGCGCUGAGCAUGGUAUCCUCGUCAAGGGUGGUGCUGUUCUCGAAGCCGCCACCAAGGUCAAUCACGUUGUCUUUGACAAGACGGGUACCUUGACUACGGGCCGGAUGAGUGUCGAUCACGUCCGAAUGGAGCCUCACUGGACGGUCAAUGACUGGCGCCGCCAGCUGUGGUGGCUGCUUAUCGGUCUCGCAGAGAUGGGCAGUGAACACCCAAUUGGCCGGGCUAUUCUUAGCGAGGCUAAGUCCGAAUCUGGUCACCCAGGGGAAGACGGGUUACCUGGAAGCGUUGGCGAUUUUGAUGCAUCCGUCGGAAAGGGUAUUUCAGCUGUCGUUGAGCCCAUGUCCAGCGCGGAGCGUGUCCGCUACCAGGUUCUUCUAGGCAACACAGAUUUCCUACGAUCGAGAGAUGUCCCCGUGCCUGCAGCGGCUGACCCUGACUCCUCGGCAGCCGAAGAGGAAACGGGACAGAUAGCCCCCAAACCUACAAGUGCUGCGUCCGGCAUCACACGUAUCCAUGUUGCCAUCGACAACCGCUAUGCAGGAACUAUUUCCCUCCGCGACAGCGUUAAGGACACUGCGGUUGCCGCAGUUGUAGCCCUUCACCGUAUGGGGAUUUUCACCUCCAUGGUCACAGGCGAUACAUUGUCGACUGCGCUCUCAAUUGCCUCGGCCGUCGGCAUUCCGGCAUCCGCAGUCCACGCAUCUGCCUCUCCGUCUGACAAGCGUGCCAUCAUCUCCUCGCUCCAGCUCAAUGGUGAGCGCGUCGCCAUGGUCGGUGACGGAAUCAAUGACUCCCCAGCGCUGGCAACUGCAUCUGUGGGUAUCGCUCUAGCCUCGGGCACCGACGUCGCGAUGGAGGCAGCCGACAUUGUCCUAAUGCGCCCCGAUGACCUGCUCUCCGUACCAGCCAGUCUAUCACUCUCCCGCUCAGUCUUCAACCGCAUCAAGCUCAACCUCGUUUGGGCCUGCCUCUACAACGUCAUCGGCCUGCCCUUUGCCAUGGGUCUAUUCCUCCCCUUCACUGGCUUCAUGCUCCCUCCCAUGGCUGCCGGUGCCGCCAUGGCAGCGUCUAGCGUCUCGGUCGUGGUGAGCAGCUUGCUUCUGAAACUCUGGCAUCGUCCGUCCUGGAUGAAGGUCGAGCGACUGGAGAAGGAACUUGGUUCGGGAGAUAUCCCUGCCGAUGGCGUCUUGCGCAAGGCUGGUUGGUGGGCUCCCGCUACCAUUCUCUCAGACCAUCGUCGUUCGAUCCGCCGCUGGGUCGGUGAUAGCGUGGCCUCCUUGUGGUUCACGGCUACUGGGAGGCGGACUGCUGUUCGCGAGGAUGAAGGGUAUGUCCCGCUGCAGACUGUUGAGCCUCUUGUCUAA